AUGGCCUCAGCUAACACUCUCUGGUCUGAAGAGAACUUUUCAUGUCCCAUAUGUCUGGAUGUGUUCAACAGCCCUGUUUCUACACCAUGUGGACACAAUUUCUGCAGAAUCUGUAUUACAACAUUCUGGGAUGGCGGAGUCCAGUACAAAUGUCCUGCUUGCAAUGAGCUUUUCCAAACAAGACCUGAUUUACGGGUCAAUACUCUCUUAUCAGAGAUGGUUGAUCAGUUCAGAAGGUCUGUACGAGUAAAAGAGCAGCCCUGUGUUGAACCAGGAGAAGUUCCCUGUGAUGUCUGUACUGGGACCCAGCUGAAGGCUGUGAAGUCCUGCCUAGUGUGUCUUCUCUCUUACUGCCACACCCACCUGGAGCCCCAUCAGAGAUAUGCAGGCCUGAAGAGACAUCUGCUGGUCAAUGCUAUGGACCGUCUGGAAGACAGAAUGUGUAAGAAACACGACAGACUUCUGGAGCUCUUCUGCCAGACUGAACAGGUUUGUGUGUGUCAGUUCUGCACAGAGACAAACCACAAGUUCCAUUCUGUUGUACCUCUAAAGGAGGAAUAUGAAGUGAAGAUGGCCCAGCUGGUAAAUAUAGAGUCUGAAGUUCAGCAGAUGAUCCAGGAGAGACAGCAAAAGAUUCAGGAGAUCAAAGACACAGUAACACUCAGCAGAGCGGAUGCAGACAGAGAGAUAGCCGAUGGUGUUGAGGUCCUCACUGCACUGAUGCGCUCUAUUGAAAAGUGCUCUGAUGAUUUCAAACAAACGGUAAAAGAGAAACUGAAAUCCAAGGAGAAACAAGCUGAAGACCUCAUCAAAGAGCUAGAGCAGGAAAUAGAAGAUCUGACCAAAAGAAGAUCAGAGGCGAAGCAGCUCUCACACAGCGAAGACCACCUCCACUUCCUGCAGAACUUUGGAAUCCCAAAGGAUUCUCCUCCCACCAGGGACUGGACAACGGUGGAGGUCUGGCCCCCGUCAUACGUAGGCACCUUGAAGAGAUCCCUGGAUCAGCUGAAGGAGACACUUAACAUGGAGAUGAAGAAGGUUCCUGGCAUGAGAUCAGCUCUAAAGAAGUUGUCUCUGUGUUAA